UGGAUUUUACAAUUUGGAGAGAUUUAAGGUAAGCCAAACCUAUAUAUAUCUAUUAUAAAUGUACCAUAUUCUUGGAUGGAUAUAUAUAAUUUGUAUAUUCGCGCGCACUCUUCGAUUUUCGCGCUUGGGUUUUUGACGUCACGUAAUUCGCCAUUGUUGCAGAUCCCAUCAAUUUCUUCAAAGUAUCCUCUCUGCUCUCCUCGUUUUUCUCCGCGCCCUUCUCGAACAGUUUUUUAUUCUGUCUCCCGAAUCGUUUGAAUCAACGACGAUACAACCUUUCGCGAUUUUCCCCUAUUGUUUCGUAGUAAUACCAUAAAAAACCACCCACCAAAUAAAACAAAAAAAACCUAGAACAUCCUUUUCCUAUUUAACCCACAAUUCCACUUUUUUCCCCUCCGAUAUUUCCGUACACGUGGACGGCGAUGGUCACCGCGGCGGCGGUGCCGGCGAACGCGUGGGGCACGUGGGAGGAGCUUAUCCUGGGCGGGGCUGUGGUGAGGCACGGCACUCGAGAUUGGAACGUGGUCGCGUCGGAGCUUCGUGUUCGAACCCUUCAUCCCCAUUCCUUCUUCACCCCCGAGAGGUGUAAAGCCAAGUUCGAGGAUCUGCAAAAGCGUUAUGCUGAUUCGACGGGCCUAUUUGAAGAGCUGAAAAAGCAACGGGUGGCUGAGCUGAAGCGAGAACUCGCGAAAUCUGAAGAUUCAAUAGGGUCACUUGAGUCGAAAAUUAAGUCUUUGAAGGCUGAGAGACGAACUGAAUCGCCUCGGCCUGUGUUGAAUUCGGAUGACAACAGGAAGUCUGUCUGCAAAGAGACAUCAAAGGAUGAAAAAACCUCUGCUGAUCUCCGAACAACAACAGCUUGUCUUCCGGCGCGCCGUGAUGUGGAGGCUUAUGCGAAACCUGAUGUUUCGAAGCAGGGCAAAGAGUUCAGCUUGGAGAAUGGAGUAGUCGCUAGUUAUGCAACUGUAAGAAGAAAACAACGAAGUCAGAGGAAGCGGAAGAUAUGUCAUCAGACGGUGAAAGAAGGGAUCGACGCGGAGAUUGACAAGGCCGAGCCUUGUAAUGACUUAUCGACUGAGAAGAGGGAGGACGACAAUAAAAGGUUAGUAAAAAACGACAACAUUACAUCUUCCAACGGUACGUCUAAUGAGAAAACGAAAGAUCGUAAUCCGAAAGCCAAAAGGAAGAUCGACAACAAGAAAGAUAGUAAUCCAACAAUCAAAACGAAGAUCGACAACAGGAAAGAUAGUAAUCCGGCAGUCAAGAGGAAGAUCGACAACAGUAGGUGUUCUGGAAGUGAAUUAAAAACGAAGAGAAUUAAAGGAGAUAUCCGAGAGAGCGACAACAUUCUAUCAUCAAAGGAUGUUCCGAUUCCUAAGAGGAAGAGUCGUAAUCAAGACAACAUUAGGCCUUGUAAUAUUCCGAGCAUCGAAGACGGGAGCAUCGAGGAGAGCGAUAUUGUCGAUCCAUCUAACGGGGCAUCGACUGCACCGAAGGCAACUGCGAAAGAACCCGCCGUGAGGGACAUAUUCAAGUCGAUUGCGAGCAGCGAAGCUGCUACAGUUUUCCGGCAUCGAAUGGACAGCCAGAAACGCGCGAGGUACAGACGGGUCGUCAAGCAACAUUUGGACAUGGACACAGUGAGAUCAAAAAUCGCCGGGAAAUCGAUAGCAAGUGUGAAGGAACUCUUCCGGGACUUGCUUCUGCUCGCAAACAAUGCCCUCGUGUUCUACUCGAGACGCACUCGCGAAUACAAAUCCGCAUUCGCUCUCCGAAACUUGGUCAUGGAAGAAUACAGACAACAUUGCAGCAUGGAAUCUUGCAAAGAAGCUUCUUCCCCGCCAUUUCUUCCGCCUUUCAACGCUCCUGUGAAGCCAAGAAGUGCACGCCCUCGUCCUCGCCCUUGUCUUCGACCUGAGUCCGGAGAAUGGGCUGCCCGAAAAUUGAAAGAAACACCAUGUGAAUCUGAAACUAGUGAAGUGAAUUCAUUAGUUAAUGUUAAGAAAGGUGUGAAAAGAGUGGGUGAGGUUAAGGUUAAGACUGACCUGCUCCCGGUCGGUACACACCAUAAAAUUGUUCAUUCGAGACAGCGAAAAAGAUUUAGAAAUUAAGAAUUUAUUCGUCACUGUAAUAUAAUGUAAUUAAUCGAUUUUUAGAGAUGACAAUGGUUCACAUUUUAU